AUGGCUCCCAUGGAGUCGCUUGAUGUGGCUUCGAAGAAAGAGCUGCUGAAACCCGGCCGCAAGGUGCCGCCUUCGCCUCCCAGGCCCCGGCCAAGGCCCGCUGUCGAGGUACCUUGGUUCAUGCUGGGGGAACCUGCCAUUGACACUUUGAGCAAUCAUCCCGUGAUGGAGACCAACCUUUUGAUUGGAGAACCCACGGCAGUCAAAACUGCUCCGUUUGAAUCGCUCCCUGACUCGCAUGGGGAGAAGGAUAUAAUCAACGUCAGGGUGGCGUCGCCGGCACACGAGCAGCACCUCAAGCUUGGCGUAAGUCCAGUCCUGCUGGCUGCCAUCGACCAGGCUUGCAAGACCGCCUGA